UCCACCAGUUACGAUCUUCAUUGACCUGGUUCCUGCCGUUGGAGGGGUGAUGGUCAGCCUAAAGAUCAUGGUAACCUCUGACGAGAGUUAUCCGUGGCCUUGGGUGGUGGACUUCGAUGAUGGAACGCCGACUGAGAGCGGGGAAAUUACUGGCUGUCCCGAUAUCAUCUUACUGCAUCAUCGCUACCUAAUCGACUACCACAAUUGCAUCAUUGUCGUUUCGGUGACACUUGGAAGCGUCACCUACAGCUAUGAGUAUCCUCUCAGUGACUACCCGCCUCAUGCAUAUGGCCUCUCGGUGCCAUGGGAAGAAUCAGAUACUCAGGCUGUGACAACACCAACUAUAUCUCCUGCCUUUUCCUUUACUCUCACUGUCAUAACGAUCGGGGAUGACGCAUACACGGAUGAGCCUGUUGAAUUCAGACUGACGGCAACCACUUAUGGAAACGCGAUUUAUGUGAUUGAUUUCGGCGACGGAUCCAAUCACGUCAGAGAUGAUGAGAACAGUCCAGUUGACAUCACCGUAAACCACGUCUACAGUCACCCAGGAACCUACACUGUGACGGCUUCCAUGUCAGUCGAUAAUGUAAUCAUAGUGAGGACAGCGACAGUGGAGGUCCUUUCUGAUGGCGGUGGCAAGCAGCUUGUAGUCAGUCGAGGUAACCCCAACUCAGAACCGGCUAGCGUGUAUGUCACGGCGUACUUCGUGGACACCGUCGUUGGUGACCCUGUAUUCUUCGCCAUCGAGCUUGUGUUGAGGAAUGACGACGAGACACAUCUUUUGAUUAACUACGGUGAUGGCGCUGACUAUUAUGCAGACCUGCCGGAAGGAGUGACGUGUCUAGUCGUGCACCACGUAUACGACUCUCCCGGAGUGUACGUGGUGGUGGCGACGAUUCAAGUCUAUUACAACGGGGAGAUCGGUCUCUACACGCGGCAGAUCAGAGUGUGGGUGACGGAGGAGGAUGACGAGUGUAAGGAUGACGAUGACCACGGCUCCGACAACGAUGCGGUGCUCGAGACGCUUGCUGAUCAUCUGGGCUUCUAUAUCGCCAUGCUGAUACUGAUUCUGCUGCUGAUAUUGGGAAUGCUGACGCUGGCGGUACUUACAGGCCUCACUAGCACCGCCAUGGCAGCCGCAGCCAACACUAAUUAAGAAGACGUAGUGACUUAUGAUGGUGUUGUGGUGUUGCGAUGGUGUGUGGUGGCGUUGUGUAGUGUGUAUGAUUUCCUUGUUACUUUGGUUCAAUUCUGUUUCCUUAGGGAGAUCAUUUUCCUGGUUACCUUUGUUAUUUGUCAAGACUUCCAAGCUGGGUGUGUGGUGAGUCUUAUCCUGUGUUAAGGACUGAAACCAGCAGCCAUCAGUUAUGCAGACAAGCUUUAUAGACAAUGCACCACUGAGGUACUGUACUAAACAUUGAUGAAGAAACAAAAAAAAAAAAAAAUGGGAGAGAAAAUGGAGAAAUGAAGAAAAGAUGACAUAAAAUAUAAUAUAAAAGUGCUGGAAAUAAAGAUGUGAGAUCAACAACCAUAAAAAUAAACUGAGAAAAUAAGACAAAAAAAAAAAAAAAACUGUAGUAAACUAAACUCUCCUUCCUGAAAAGAAAG